UUCGUACCUCAUUUACACACUCCCCAACAAACCACACACACAUUAUGGCCACUCUCACUCCCAUAACUCUCUCUCUCCUCCUCCUCCUCUCUCUCUCCACCACCCUCCUCCUCCGCACCGCCGCAAAGUCACCGCACUCCGACGUCCCCUCCUCCGACCUCAUUCACGCAUCAUGCAUCCACGCCAACUACCCACAAAUCUGUCUCCGAACCCUCUCCACCUACGCCCCUCCCGCCACCACCCAAAACGACGUCGCUCAAGCCGCGGUUAAAAUAAGCCUAACGAGAUCACAAAAGGCCUCCGAGUUCUUAUCCAAUCUCAAGAACAAAAGUACAAAACGAGAGAAAGACGCAGUUAGCGACUGCGUUAGCCAGAUGUCAGAUUCGGUUGAUGAGCUCACCAAGACAUUGUCAGAGCUGAAACAUCUCAGACGAGGAAGCGAGUUCAAGUGGCAGAUGAGCAAUGUGGAGACGUGGGUCAGCGCUGCGUUAACGAAUGAAGACACGUGUCUUGACGGGUUUAAAGAGAUUGAUGGGAAAGUAAGAAGUGAUGUUAGAAGGAAGAUCACUAAUGUUGCGAGAGUGACUAGUAAUGCUCUUUACUUGAUUAAUCUCAUGGAUAGUAAGGCUCAUAAAUAAUCGUCGGAUCCACAGCUAACGUUGGUUGUGACCAUGUUUUCGGACCUAUAUAUAUCAGAGUGUUUAAUUGUAUAAGAGAAUAACAAAGUUGGCUAAAAUGUAAAAUUAGUAAGAGCUAGUUGUGUUCUUGAUGUUUGAAGUAGUUGAGUUGAGCUUCCCUUGUUUAUGUGAAUUGUGAAGUGAUUGUUAUUGUUAUUAUCAAGUUGAGUAAUUUAUUAUCGGUGUAA